UCCGCCGCCGGCACCUACUUGUUUUCAUUGCUGCACUAUUAUAAAGCAUCCGUGUCUUAUCUUUGUCUCUAUCUUUCAGCCGCCACCAUGCUUUUCAGUAUCAACAUCACUUCCGACGUAAUAUGUCCCUUCUGUCUCAUCGGAGUCAAGCAGCUUCUGGGCGCCAUCGACGAAUUCAAGUCUACCCACCCCGAUGCCAAAUUCGACCUCCGUCUCCUCCCCUUCGAGCUCAACCCUGGCCUCAGCGAAGAACCCAAACCGAGACGGGCAAUGUAUGAAGCAAAGUUUGGGAAAGAGAGAUCGGCCAUGAUCUGUGCAAUGUUACCGGAAAAGUAUGCUGCAGUUGGGGAGACUGUUGAUCUCGAUGGCCAAAUCUCAUCCACCCACCACGCCCACCGCCUUCAGACCCUCGCUCUCUGCCGUGCUCCCGAGGCCCAGCUUCCCCUCGCCAUGGAUAUCUUCCGCGGCUACCACUCCAACGGCAAACACCCUUCCGACAAAGCCUGGCUCGCCUCUCUCGCUGUCAAGCACGGCAUCUUCCCCACGGAAGAAGAGGCGCGAGAGUAUCUCGAUUCCAACAAGUGUGACAAGGAGGUGAGGAAGGCGUAUGAGGUCGCGAGGGAGACGGGCGUGACGGGUGUGCCGUACUUUGUGUUCCAGGGCAAGUUUGCGUUGUCGGGUGCUAUUGGACAGGACAACUUUUUGCAGACUCUGGAGGAGAUUGCCAGACGCGAGACGGUGCUCGAGAAGAACUCGGCGCCUGCUAUCAACUCUGCUCACGGCGAGUCUUGCACCGACCACUGCGAAGGCGACACUUGCGCCGUCCCCACUACUGCUUAACCUUGGUUGACUUGUUUCAUAAAAAUCUUGCGUUUCUAAAAUUGUCAGGAUUACAUACAUGUGUAUUUGGAUUGUGGCGCAGGUUAAUGUAUGUAUGAUGCUUUCUAUCGAU